CGGGCGGUCAGUAUCAGGUUGAGACAACAUCAUCCGACUCCAUGGCAUCCCCUGUAAACGCGUGCAAAGCAUGUAGAAACAGUAAAAGAAAAUGCAACCGCGGUUUGCCUAUUUGUUCCACCUGUCUUCGGUUCGGCCGCCUUUGCCUGUAUGAAGGUAAUGCAGGACAGGAUUCGACCCAUGGUAUCGUUCCGGAGGUGCCCGGCCCUAGUCGCUCUAGCUUAACAAGUCUCAAUGCCACGUUUGGAACAGCGCUGCAGAAAGAAGCUCGUAGCAUUCUUGGAACGCCGGAUGAGGUGCGCCAAACUGCAAGUACCUACUUUAGUUCCGUUCAUCACAGGCUACCCAUCAUCUCAAAAUCGAGGUUCCAUGAGAACUUGUCACGAUUAUUCGUUCCUUCGGGAAUAGAUUUUACCACACUUUGUUUGUGUAUGAAGCUUAUUCAACAGAAUCCUGUGCAGCAAAAUACUAGAACAAGGGAUAUUUCAUCGCCACAUUAUCUUGUUGCCAAAAGCAGUAUUGGCUUUCUGGAAGCUGCAGGCUUUGAUACUCUGGACGCCAUUCAGUCUAGACUGCUUCUAGCCCUAUACGAGAUUGGCCAUGGGAUCUAUCCAGCAGCUUCUAUUUCGAUUGGUAGCUGUGCAAGGUUGGCUCGGAAUCUUGGCCUGAGCCGAGAUUCCUGGCGUUCACAAGAUACCGAUGUGGAAGAAAGGAAGCGGACAUGGUGGGCUGUGCAUAACCUUGAUAGAUUUACUGCUCUAUGUGGCGGAGAUGCGAUAUUUGCUUCCGAAGAUGCCACAACAGAAACUCAUCUGCCUUCAAACAAUGAACAAGUGUCGUCCACAGCUAGUUCAGAAACUUCUACGGCGACGAUCUCUACUCCAGCUCCAUUUCAUGUGGGACCGUUUGCGAGAGAGUGUCAAGUAGCGCACCUCAUAGGCCGUGUGAUUCAGCACGUCUAUCAUCCUGUUACUGAUGUCGACUUCCGCUCUCGCGAGCGCGCUCAACUUGAGCGCACUCUGAAGGCGUUUCUACCAAUCCUGAUCGACGAGGAACUAGAAUUCAGCACCUAUUGCGGAGCUCUGGGAAUGUGUAUCAGUUCUCUCUAUGCAUUAUACGUUCCCCCAGUUGUUCAUAAUGAUCUUCAAAAUGGCUGGGACUUCCAAAAUUUGGAAAUUGUUUCUACGCAGAUGGCAGCACUUUCACAGCACCUUCUCAAAAGCGCCGAGAACGAAUCGAAUCUCAUAAUGAUGUCCCACUUCAUUCCGUAUUCCUUGUAUCAAACUGCUGCAAUACAACUGAAUUUAUAUCAGAGAAGCCAAAAUAUCACCUUCAAGGCAAACGCUGAGUCAAUUAUUCAAAUAUUGACUUACAUGAGCAGAAGAUGGCACACCGCAGCUAAGUAUUUGACGGCAAUAGAGCUCGAUAACCCACCAAUGACGCUGCCGCCUCAAGGAUUUUAUCUGAGUGUUUCGAACCUGGAUAACAAUUCUAGUACUCAAUAGAAGUCGAACGAGAGAGCAUGAACAGCGGAUAUCGUUCCUCGUCUACAAAAGUCGGACUACGUCACAAAAUACAUGUGCGAUCGGAUCUAUGAUCUCAAAAUCUUAUACGUACGAGAGAUGCCUACACAUGUAUUCUUGCAGAGCCAAUCUCGAUCCGCUCAGCGCGGCGCAUAUGCGCGUAUCUGUGAACCAUUUUAUCACCAAAAUCGUAUUUCUUCUCUCUAUUUGUAUACACUAUACGGGAUCUAUCAGGUCAUAGAGUUUUUACUCAAUGUCAAU